UAUGCAGGUGUAACACCAUUACCACCUUCUAUUCUUAGUUGUGUAAGUGUUGUUGACAGCAGCACACAGACAUUGCUACUAGUGAAUGAGCCUUUGGAUCUCAUACGACUCAAUCUCGAUGAACGUAUCUAUGUCAAACUCCGUUCUGACAGAGAGCUUCGUGGCAAGCUUCAUGCUUUUGAUCAGCAUCUUAAUAUGAUUCUUGGUGAUGUUGAAGAAAUUGUUACCACUGUUGAAAUUGAUGAUGAGACGUAUGAAGAAAUUUUUAGGGAUAUGGGAAACAGACCGACAGAAACUUCUGUCACUUCAAGCCAACACCUUCCUUACAUUAUUAAGUCACCAGAUAGAUCUGACAUUUGAAGAAUGUGAGCAGCACUUCUCUUUCACCUAUGUUCCUUCCCUCUCAAGCUAAACAUUGCAAGUCUGCUACUUUUUGGUUCUAAGCAGCUUGUAACAUUUUCGAUGCUACUUUUUUGGUUCUAAGCAGCUUGUAACAUUUUCGAAAAAUAGAAAGAAAUAUGAAAAGGGUGUAAAUGUGAAUAUGAUCAAAUCAAGUACUAUAUCUUAUGACCUUAGAGGAUAUGAUGUUUAGAUUCUUUGUUAGAUCAUAAGUCUUUCUUUUUAAUCAGCACAUGUGUUUUGUUUGUCUAACUCAAUUGAUAUAACCAAUGUAAUUGCUUGGAUUUAUGAAGUUCGGUCUUAAAUUUAGAUUUUUUUUAUCAGCUCUUUGCUUA